AUGGCGCCGGCGAUUGGAAUAGACCUAGGCACGACCUAUUCAUGCGUGGGCGUCUUCCAGAACGGCAGGGUCGAAAUAAUUGCGAACGAACACGGAAGCAGGACAACUCCCUCUUACGUGUCUUUCACCGAGUCUGAGAGACUCAUUGGAGAGGCUGCUAAAAAUCAGGCGUCAAUGAAUGCGAAAAAUACCGUUUUCGACGCGAAACGCCUCAUCGGACGGAGAUACGACGAUCCUCAGGUCAACGAGGAUGUCAAGCACUGGCCAUUCACGGUGAUCGAUGAGCGAGGCAAACCAAUGAUCCAGGUCGUUUUCAAAGGUCAGAAAAGGACGUUCGCUCCCGAGGAGAUUUCGUCCAUGGUCCUGACGAAAAUGAAGGAGGUCGCUGAGAGGUAUUUGGGCUCCACGGUGAGAGACGCCGUCGUCACAGUCCCUGCCUACUUCAACGACUCGCAGCGGCAGGCCACGAAGGACGCCGGAAUUAUCGCCGGUCUGAACGUUCUGCGUAUCAUAAACGAGCCCACUGCGGCUGCCAUCGCUUACGGGCUCGAUAAAAAGCUCAAGGGCGAUCGCAAUGUUCUCGUGUUCGACCUCGGCGGCGGGACUUUCGAUGUUUCCAUCCUCACCAUAGCCGACGCGUCCAUGUUCGAGGUGAAAGCCACGUCGGGGGACACACAUCUCGGCGGCGAGGAUUUCGACAAUCGGCUGGUGAAGCAUUUCGCGGCCGAGUUCAAACGAAAAUUCAGCCAGAAAGACGUGACGAGCGACGCCAGAGCAAUGCGGCGCUUGAGGACAGCUUGCGAGCGGGCUAAGCGAACUUUGAGCACGAGCUCGGAAGCCAGCAUUGAAGUUGACUCAUUGUUCGGGAGCGAGGACUUCUAUUCGAAGAUAACACGUGCCCGUUUCGAAGAGUUGUGCGCAGACCUCUUCAAAUCGACGCUGGUUCCAGUUGAGAAGGCGCUGCGAGACGCAAACUUGAAAAAAAAUCAAAUUGAUGAAAUCGUCAUGGUUGGCGGCUCGACCCGUAUACCGCGCGUGCAGACGUUGUUGAAAGAUUUCUUCAACGGACACGAGCUCAACAUGUCGAUCAACCCGGACGAGGCGGUGGCUUACGGAGCCGCUGUGCAGGCCGCCAUACUCCGGGGGGAUCGCAGCGACGCCAUCCGAGAUGUAUUGCUUGUCGACGUCACUCCUCUGUCGCUCGGAAUUGAAACAGCUGGCGGCGUCAUGAGCAACCUCAUCAGCCGAAACUCCACAAUUCCUUGCAAAACGACGCAGAUUUUUUCGACAUUUAAAGACAACCAAUCGGGCGUGACAAUUCACGUGUUCGAGGGCGAGAGGACAAUGACCAGAGACAACCAUCUGCUGGGCAGCUUCAAUCUCGACGGAAUUCCGCCGGCCCCGCGAGGAAUCCCGAAGAUCGAGGUGACAUUCGAUCUGGACGCUAACGGCAUCCUCGAGGUAUCAGCGCGAGACUGCUCCUCUGGGAAAAAAAUGAUCAAGAUUACCAACGACAAGGGUCGACUAACGAAGGCGGAGAUCGACCGAAUGCUGAAGGAUGCUGAGAAGUUCAAAGAGGAAGACUCGCGCGCCAAAGAAAGACUCGAAGCGAAAAGCGACUUUGAGGCUUACGUUUACGCAGUUAGAACAGCUAUCGACGCGUGUGACGACAGACUGACCAAGGAAGAAAAGGCGAAAGGAGCGGCGAAAGUUGAGGAGAGCAUCGCUUGGUUGGAUUCGAACAGUCUUGCUAGCAAAACAGAAUACGUCUCUCGCCUUCGCGCGCUCGAAACAGAAACGCGCCCUCUGAUGAUAAAGUUGCAUACGACCCCAUCGUGA